CCCCCCUCAGACCCAGCUCCCUUACUCCUCCCGAGCCCGCCGGACUACAAGUCCCACAAUGCCCCUCAUAAGGCACUUCCUCUUCCGGCGCUCGAGUCGCAAGCUCCAGCCGACGUGUUCUUCCGCUGGCGAGCGACAGUUUAGGCUGUGGUGGACGCAAUGGAGCUCGAGGCCAUGAGCAGAUACACCAGCCCUGUCAACCCAGCUGUCUUCCCCCACCUGACCGUGGUGCUCCUGGCCAUUGGCAUGUUCUUCACCGCCUGGUUCUUCGUCUACGAGGUCACCUCCACCAAGUACACACGGGACAUCUACAAAGAGCUCCUCAUUUCCCUGGUGGCCUCGCUUUUCAUGGGCUUUGGUGUCCUCUUCCUCCUGCUCUGGGUUGGCAUCUACGUCUGAGUCUCUGGGGUACCCCAGGCGGCUUCACUGAAUCCUUGCUUUUGUAAAAUUUUUUUACUGUUGUUAGAAGUGUUCCACCUGUUGUUCACAAUAAAGGCAGAUGUAUGACA